AUUGGGCUUAUAUAAGCGGCAGCCGGCAGGGUAGGGAAACUAUGCUUCUAACAGAUGGCUAAUUUAAUUUUAUUUGCCAAUUAAGUUAAUAUUUUUCCAAAAAGUUGCUAGUAUGCUACACAAUUUCCGUGAUGGCCUCCAUUUUCUCUCCCACCCUAAAACAAGUGGUUGAGCUGCUUAUUUACUCCUCUUUUGAAUUUUUCAAGUCAAUCUGCAGCUGCCCAUCUCCUUCUUUUCAGCUCUAAUUUCCAAUAAUUAGAUUACCUACUGUAUUCUAAUUAAUUCGCUACAAUAAACAGGCAAACUACUCCACCUUCAAAUCCAAAUUUUACACCCUACCUACUGAAUCGGUGAGAAUUUAAUUAAUUAGUUAUGGCGUUGCUGCAAAACGCCGCGGUGCCGUUGAAUCAAAAAUAAAAUUAUAAAAUACUAAAGAAUCCCUAGACUUUCGAUCAGAACCGCCGCGCCGCUCAUCGAGAUUUCUCCUCUAAGUCUUCAGAGCCGCCACUCUUCUUUUUCUCCUCGAAGCUUCUUCUUCUUCAUCAUUACGCUAGCAAGAAGCUUUUCCAAUGAAUGCUUCAAACGGUUUGGGGGAUUUUGAAGAAACAUCUAAUGUUGGUAUCAAGUCUUUCUUCGACUCAUCCCCUCCUCUAAAGGAUGCUGCAGAAAUAAAAAAAAAAACUGAAGAAUUCAUGCAAAAGAAUUCAUUUUCAGAAAAAACUAGGAGGAUAGUGUUGGUGACCUCCGGAGGAACAACUGUUCCUUUGGAGCAACGAUGUGUUCGUUAUAUUGAUAAUUUCAGCUCAGGCCAUCGAGGAGCGACUUCUGCAGAAUAUUUCUUGAGAGCUGGAUAUGCAGUAGUGUUUCUUUAUCGCGAAGGCACCUACCAGCCAUUUUGUAGAUCUCUUCCCAAUAAUCCAUUGCUCGAAUGUUUAGAAGUUACUAAAGAAUCGAAUAUUACAGUGCGCCCACCAUAUGACCAAACAGUCAAGAAAGCUAUCAGUAACAGCCAUGUGGCAAUAAGUUGUGGCACCUUAUUGAAACUUUCAUUCACUACGAUUUUUGAGUAUCUUCAGAAUUUGCAGUUGAUUGCAUCAUCAAUGAGUAGUCUCGGUUCACGCGCACUGUUCUAUCUUGCUGCAGCAGUGUCUGAUUUUUAUGUUCCUUGGGAAAGCAUGGCAGUGCAUAAGAUUCAAUCCAGCUCCGGUCCUCUGGACAUGAGACUUGCCCAGGUUCCGAAGAUGCUGUUGGUGCUGAGGAGAGACUGGGCUCCCAAGGCCUUUUGCAUAUCAUUCAAGCUAGAGACUGAUAAGGAGAUUCUUCUGAAGAAGGCCGGUGCGGCCCUUGAGAAAUACAACAUGAACAUGGUGAUCGCUAACGAGCUCCUAACGCGUAAAGAGGAGGUCAUUGUCGUCACCAAGGCUGGAAAUAUUGUGGUCCAACGAGACAGAACUCGGGCUGAUGCUGACGUGGAGGAGCCGCUGAUCAACCUCAUUGUGGAUGAGCAUUCUGCUGCUUGUAAAAGCUUAGAGUGAGAUAGAAACAGCUGACUACAGCAAAUGAUAAACACUUUUUCCUCCGAUUUUUUCUUUGCAGCAUUAGCUCAAUGAGUCUCACUUGUGAAGGGCAAUUGACUGAAUAAUAUUUUGCUGACUUCUGUUAUACAAGAAAAGAAUAUAUUUUAUUUUUCCACAUUA